AUGUCACAGCAACCGCAUAACGUAUUGCUCAUCAAUGAGCUACUUGAGAACAUUCUUCUACAUACAGACAUGAGAACCCUAUUAACAUCCGCUCAACGUGUAUCUCGCACAUGGAACACCAUGAUCAAAACAUCAAUCAAACUCCAAGAGUCCCUCUUCUUCAAACCUUCCAAAUUCGGGAUCUCAGAUCCCUCACAACGCCUUCGCAAUCCACUCCUAGCAGAUAUCCUCUGGGCCCAAUUCUUCCUCAAACAGCAACAAACCCCAGAGUCAAAAAUCGCCAAUAUAAGCAGAUUUCCCCUGCGGGAACCAGAGCGUCGCAAGCUCAAAAUCUAUCUUCGAAAAGACGCCAGCUGGAAACGAAUGCUACUCCAACAACCACCGACAUCAUCAAUCGGCGUCCUCGAAAUCAUCAAGAGAUCCGACUCCGAAUUCACCAAGUUAUCUAUCAGCUCAGAUAACUUCCUCCGAAUGGGCCACAUCCUGGCCCUCCUCGAAGGAGGCAGCACGUUAGUUCCAACCCGCAACAAAUGGAUACUAUGGAGCGGGCGAUCCCGUAUCAGGAUGCCGUUGAACUUCGAAUGCUGGACACCUAAAUGGGUCUAUGAACCAUGUACCUUACGGCCAGUGCAGGAAUGGAUCCCGGAUAAUAUAGACUGGGAUAGUCUCCGGCUGGAGGUGGCAUCGAUGUAUUUGGAUGAUUUCGAUUGUGGGGUGGUGAUUGUAUCUGAACGGAGACAGAUGCUUUUCCAGGGAGAGGAUCGAGUUCACAGGGAAAGUAAACUUGAUCGUCGAAUGAGGAAAGCGUUUGGGGAAUGUCGGGUGGAGGUUGGGAGGAAGCAUAUAAAUCACUCUUGGGUUCCUAUCAAGGGUGUUGGUGCUGAGCGGCGAUGGGUGCUUAGGCCGUGUUCUGCUACUCCUCUUAUUCCAAUGCUGAGUGCCUCUGAAGGUUCGGAUUCGUCUUCUAUUUCUUCGUUUUCUUUGUCUCUCUAG